AUGCAGGAGCAUUCCGAUAAGCAAGUACACCUCACAAAUGUAGAGGUCAUAACUGAACGCGAAAACAACCCUCAAGUUAACAGCAACACACAGAAUGAGGCUAAUUUAGGAGCAAACCAUGUUAAGGAGGUAGGAGAUCAAGACGCAGAUCAUACAGAGUCCGUGCUCGUGCCAUACCAUGCAGGUGAAGCUGAAGGUCUUGACUUCAUUGUAGACAUCUGCGCUCCAGAUCGACCAGUCAAGGGAAGCACAUAUAUCAUUAAACGGACUGUUCACCAGAGAGAACACUUGUCAGAGGCAAGGGACGGUACCCGCUCGUCAUUGCCACCCGCUACAAUCUGUGAUGAGCUGAUCCACCACUUCUUCAACCUGGUCUAUCCAUUUCUCCCUGUUAUUGAUGCUGGAAGUUUCCUUACUCAGUAUAAACAAGACUUGAGUAGCAUCAGCAGCCUACUGUUGUGGUCGCUAUUCUUCUCCGCUGCAAGUUAUGUUCGAUUAGAUGCUAUCAAGCCUCACGGAUUUAAGUCGCGCAAAUCUUUCAAGGAGUAUUGCUAUCAACAUGCAAAGGCAAUAUACGACGCCCAGACUGAAAGUGACAAGACCUCGAUUAUAUCAUCAGCUAUCCUCCUGGCAUUCUGGUACGUUGACCUGGAAGACCUCGAUGGCUGCAGCCACUGGCUCGGCAUUGCAAUUAAUUUGUGUCAUGGUGUUGGCCUCCACCGUGAACCAUAUUAUGCAAGAGUUCCCGACUCUCCGUUCCCUCCUUCCAGGCUCUCUCUUUGGAGAAGAAUCUGGUGGUCCUGCUAUUACCGAGAUGCCUGGAUCGCCUAUGCAUUUGGCCGUCCAAUGCGGCUUCAUUUGGACGACUCUGACCUGGAGAUGCCACAGGCCGCAGACAUAAUGGUUGAUGUAAAGGACUUGUCAUUGGAUUUACGCGAUAAAUAUUUGCCGCCUGAUUUCGACCGGCUUGCGACUCUGUGGAUCACAUUACUUCAUUUAUCAAUCAAGCUAGAACAUAUUCUGCUGUUCCACUACAGACCAAGGCGACCCCCUUUAUCGUUAACACAACUGGAGCUUGACUACAACGAGAUUAUGGAACUUUGUAGUACCCUCCCAGCAGACAACAGCUCUCUGGGCCAGCUGACAUUCUUGCAUGUGGGACAUCUCAAAUGUUACUUCAACGCAGUGAUAAUCGCUCUCCAUCGCGGUUACAUUCUUGCAACGCCGCAUCACCUCCCCCCAGAGGAUCGUCGCCAAUUAAAACAAAUCGCAAUCCAGAGAUCAAAGGAUGCUGCUGCCGGAACAACUGCCACCCUCAACGCACUCGUGAUGCGCGAUAUGAUUGACGCGUCUCUAAAUAUGCUGAUAAGCUCCAUGAUGCCUGCAAUGCAAAUUCAUUUCUAUGAGAUUGCUAAAUCCCAGAAUCUGGCACGACAACACGCAAGCCAUAAUUUAAAUCUACACAUGAUGAUACUCUCACACCUCAAAGAGACAUUCUGGGCCGCCGAGAUCAUUCACAAGCUGUUUGAUGAUGUUCUGAAAGCACUAGAAAGCAGAGCUUCUGGUGCGAAGCCAAACCGAAAUACUGAGAAAAUACUGGCAAACCCAACCUCGAUGUCGCAGCCAAGCCAAUAUGGAGAGUCCUUCGUGGAUCCCUCCAUGGUACUGGGGUCACCAUCGACUAGUAUUUCUCCAACUACUUUCGAAGAACUGUUCACGACAUUCAGCCAAUUUGACAAUUUGCAGUGUCUGUUCAAUUUUGAGGGAGGCGCCGCAACAAGUUGGGAUUUGCAACCAUCGCUUGACAUGGAUGCAUCAUGCUCAUCAGAAAAUCUCAAUUUCGAGCGACCCUAG